AUGAAGACCACUUUCUUUAUGUCCGCAAUGCUUGUCGGCCUGGCCAUGGCUUCUCCUGCCCAGCCUCAGCCUACCCCUGCUUGCAAGGUCGACAACGACUGCAAGCCCAACGAGCAGUGCAACAACAUUGGCCAAUGUAUUCCCAACAAGGCCACUCGUGAUGCUCCCCUCGCGAAGGUUGGUCAGGCUUGCCAGUCAACUGGGGACUGUAUCAAGGGGCUUGUAUGUGAUCAAAGCAAGAAUACUUGUGAUGCCCCCAACACCCACAACAAGCGUGGUCACACUCUUUCCCAAAUGGGCCAGGACUGCAAGACUACCAAUGAUUGCGUGAAGGGCUUUGUCUGUGAUCAGGUCAAGCAGACCUGUGACGCCCCUAACAGCAAGCGUGACAGCGCUCCUCAGCCCCAGCAAUGCAAGUCCACUGAUGACUGCGUCAAGGGCCAGGUUUGUGACGGAGACAAGAACGUUUGUAUCGCUCCCAAUGACAAGCGUGACGAUCUCACUUCGGAGCCUCAGCAGUGCAAGUCCACUGGCGAUUGUGCCAAGGGUCAGGUCUGUGACCAGGACAAGAAUGUCUGUGUUGUUUCUAACAACAAGCGUUCCGAGGGAAAUGACCAGUGUCAGACUGACGAUGACUGCUCCAAGCAGGAUACUUGCCAGGUUAUUAAGGGCAACAAAGUCUGCGCUACUCCUCAGCCUAACCCCUCCAACUAA